AUGGUGACGAAAUUCGGAGAACCCGAUUUGUUUAUCACGAUGACAUGUUCGCCUAAAUGGAGAGAAAUCCAAGAAAAUCUUAGUCCCGGUCAAGUUCCACCGGACCGUCCAGAUCUUAUUGCGCGUGUGUUUAACAUGAAGGUAGUAUUUUUUGACAUCGAAGAACGAUUAUGGAGGUAACUUUAGACUGAAAUGAAAAUUUUCAAUGAAAAAAAUUUAUUCAGGAUGGGAAGAUACAUUGAUGAUCUCAUUAAAAGACCAGAAAAUUUUAUUGCUAUAGAAUCGAUUGAUAUUACUGAUAAUGUGAAAUCGGCAAGCAGCGUUGUCUGCACAUCAUGGACUGGAAUAGCGUCCACCUUGCUACCCAAAGAAAGAACAUCCGCAAGUCUUUUCAAGUUGAAUAUAUCAAAUGAUUAUAAAACAAGUUCUCACCAAAGAAAUACCAAAGAUUCCAAAAAACUUCAAAAUGUGGAUGUUAUUAUAUGGAAUAUAUGUAGUCAAAUACCGGCUAACGCUUUGGAGGCUGUUGAUAUACUUCUUCGAGAUUUAUGUUCAAAUGAGAAAUAUUUUGGUGGAAAGUGA